ACUGCUGCUGAAACUUGGUGAAGGUCGCUGGGAGUCCUCUCUCUCACCCACACACACACACACACAAUUCACCUGGCACUUACACACUGACACACACAUUCUUGUGCAGGGAGCUGAAGCUCAGCUCAGUCCCAGUCCUCUGCUACUCGAGCGAGGAGCCUGCCGGUGAUCGGGCUGUCGCCUGAAGCGAAGAGGCCGGGCCGGUGUUGAUUCAAUUUUACACUCCAGUCACUCUCUCUGAAGCGCCGAUUAGUCAGCCGAGGGAGACAGAAAGAGAAGAAGAAGAGGAAUAGUGAUGGCUAUGACCGACAUUGCAGAGGAUGACCUGGAUGAGAUGAUGCGCGAGGAAGCGGAGGAUGUCUUCUACGAGGACGGAGUGUCGUCCCACAUCCCAGAAAUCAUGGCGGCCGGCACCCACUCCCCCGGGGGGCCCAACGGCAUAAUCCGUAGUCAGUCCUUUGCUGGCUUCAGCACGCUACAAGAACGACGUUCACGGUGUAACUCUUUCAUGGGGAACUCGGCGGUUCAGAAGAAGCCUCAGUCCAAGCCCAAGAAGCCUCACCUGUCCGGACAUAAGGGAGGCAGCAGCUCCAGAGAGCCGCAGCCCAAAAGACUAGAGGAGGUUUACACUGCACUCAAACAAGGCCUGGAUGAGUAUCUGGAAGUUCACCAAACAGAGCUGGACAAACUCACAUCUCUGAUGAAGGACAUGAAGAGGAACUCUCGACUGGGAGUGCUGUACGAUCUUGACAAGCAAAUCAAAACCAUAGAGAGAUACAUGAGACGUCUGGAAUUUCACAUGAGCAAGGUGGAUGAGCUGUACGAGGCGUUCUGCAUCCAGAGCCGUCUGAGGGAAGGUGCCAGCCGGAUGAAGCAGGCCUUCUCCUCCUCUCCCUCCACUAAAGGCACCAAGGAGAGCAUCGCAGAAGUCAACCGCCGGUACAAGGAAUACACUGAGAACAUGAGCACGUUUGAGAGCGAACUGGAGAACCUGCUCGGGGAGUUUCAUAUCAAAAUGAAAGGAUUGGCAGGCUUUGCAAGGCUCUGUCCUGGAGACCAGUAUGAGAUCUUCAUGCGGUACGGCCGUCAGAGGUGGAAGUUGAAGGGGAGGAUUGAAGUGAACUCCAGACAGAGCUGGGACGGAGAUGAGAUGGUCUUCAUGCCUCUCAUCACCGACCUUAUCAACAUCAAGGUGACAGAGCUGAAGGGCCUGGCCACUCACAUGCUGGUGGGCAGCGUGAUCUGCGAGACCAAGGAGCUGUUUACUGCCAUGCCUCAGGUGGUGGCUGUGGAUGUCAACGACCUGGGCACCAUAAAACUCAACCUGGAGGUCAUGUGGUACCCCUUCGAUGUUGAGGACUUGACUCUGUCGUCUGGCAACGUGAGCAAAGCCACAGCUCUCCAGAGACGAGUGUCGGUCUACAGCCAGGGAACACCAGAGACCCCCACCUUCCAGGACACCUCCUUCUUUUCCACUUUACCAGAUGAUGUCUUUGAGAAUGGCGGCUGCGGCGUGGCUGAAUGCAAGCGUCUCUCCUUCACCUUCUCUGACACCUCUGGUUCCACACCGAGCCCCAGCCCCGCCCUGAGCUCACACUCCCCCGGCCAGUCCAACCCAGAGAUCACUGUCACUCCUCCAGAAUCAGAACCAUCAGCUACACAGAUCCUCCCAACAAGAGAGGACUCCAUCGCAGAGGAGCAUUUAGUGGAGGAAGAGGAGGAGGAGUACGAGGAGGAUGGGGAGACGGGUAGCAGAGGAAGUAGGGGCACCAGUGGCAGCCUCGCCAGUGAUGAAGCUGAGGUUGCAGAGGACUCGGAGUGGGAGCGCACAGAGUCCCAGCGAAAUUCUGGCUCCAACUGUGGUUCAGCUGCCCCGUCCUUGUGUUCUGACAGCCACCUGUCUACAGUGGCUCCAGAGGAUGUUUUCCUGGAUCACGCUGACGAACUGAAACCGGUGGAGCUGGACACAGAGGAGGCGGGCAGCCUGACCAGGCAGCUGGUGAAGAGGCUGACGUCUUCUGAAAUUGUGCCACCCAGUGCGAGCUCUACUGAGGGUGGAGGAAGCCUGAGCUGGGCCGGAGAGGGAAGCAGGGCCUUCUUGGAGAGCAGCCUGGAGGAGGCUAUCCACAGCCUGCUGAUGAGGCUGGAGUCACUGACUCAUCGCUGCAGAGAACUGCAGGACCUGGAGCAGGAAGUGAUGCGUCUAGAGGACCUACUCAAGUGUCGUCUCCCGGGCCACAGAAGCAGAUCAUCCAGCCUCAGUCUGACAGUGGAGAGUGCCCUGGAGAGCUUUGACUUCCUCAACACCUCUGACUUCGAUGACGAGGAUACUGGAGAUGAUAACGCCGUCCUCAGCAUUCCCCCACAGAGGUCACCACUUUUUGAUGCAGAUGGAGAGAGGAUCGGGGGCCAGCAUCCAGAGGCCAGAGGACACCUGAGCGAAGCCCUGACAGAAGACACCGGGGUAGGCAACAGCGUGGCUGGAAGCCCCCUGCCGCUUACAACUGGAAACGAGAACCUGGAUGUGGCCAUCGUCAUCCACCUGCAGUACUGUAAUCACCUCAUACAGCUGUUGACUAGUGGGGUGGGCGUAUGGCAGCGUCGCAGUCUGCUCCUCAAACUGUCCGGACAGACUCAGCUGUUAGAAGAACUAGCAGAGAUCAGUGUGGACAGACUGGGAACUAUUACAUCUGCUGCUGAUGUUCUCCCAGGCCUCGCAGAGCGCCCAGAGCUGAUGACUCUGUGGUCAGAGUGCAGCGGGUCUGCUGGACUUUUCCACACCACACUGGACAGAGUGUUCAAACACAUGAACCAGUGCUACACGGCCGUGCUGCAGGAGAGACACCCACACAGCGCUGACACAGUGAUUAGCGUUGUAGUGGGUGAGAUGGUUGACAGGAGCGACCUGGUGACGCCACACAGUCCUCCUGCCUCUGCUCUGUCCCAGGAUGUCCUAACCGUGUUUCAGUUCUACAGCUACAUCUUACAACAUGAGGUUCAGGACAUGGAGACACACCUGCUGCACCUGGCCAGAGAGGAGGUGUUUGUGGAGGCUCUGUGCAGCGGGGAUUAUCCUCGGUGUCUAGCAGAGCUGCAGGUGGUGCCUGUGUCUUCCCUGUGGCCUAAAAACAGCACCCUGAGGGCCCUGGCCUCCCUGCUCACUGCGGACGACCCUCAGGUCAACAAGGCAGUAGCUGACUACCUCUCUUCUGGAGCAUCGCAUGGCCACUUCAGGACCAGGGCUGUGGAGUGCUACACCCAGGCACUGUCGGAGGCUGGAGUUCAGAGCCAGAGGGCGGCUUGUUCAGCUCUCAGCUGCCUGCAGGCCGUAGAGAGCAUCAGGGCGGUGGUAGCCCUGUGCGAUUCAGCUGAUGAGGAGCUUCGCCAUGUCGCCAUAGAAACCCUGCUCACAUUUGGUGAAGAGGGGCGGCUGGCGUACGAACAGCUCGACACAGUGCCGAGGGAAAUGAUCCGCCUGGGCACACGGCGAGGAAAUGCCGUCACCACCGCCUUCUGAGCCAUCGUGCCACUGAGAAGCUCCCUGAUUACACCCCAGCCCGACCUUUGAGGACAACACUGUCCACACCCCCCCCCCCCCCCACACCUCCGCUUGACACGACACUGCACACCUCACAGGGCUGUUAAUGACUAAUCAGUUUAUAGAUCCGCUUAUUGGAACAGACUUAAAGAUCUCCACACGCCACAUUCGAUCACUGUUCUUACUGGUACUGCCUCCUAAAAGGGACUAACACCAAACAAACUGUCUUAACCACAAAGACACACAACCUAUACCCCUCUUGUACACACAUACACACUUAAACCUCCUUGUUCCACCAUCACCUCCAAUUUUGGACACCCCCUUGCACCCCCUGCUUUCUGAGCCAGUCACGUUGAGUUUUAACUUAAGGGCACGAAUUUGACUGAACACAAAGCCGCUGGAAGCUGCCCCAAAGACUGUGGAAACUGGAAAUCAAGUAAAUGCAUCUCCACUCUUCACACAACCUCUGUCAACAAGCUAUCCACCACUGCACACAACACUUCUAUCACUUAUUCACUGAUUAACUAUCAUCUUGGCAUUUACAGAGUCACUUGUGUCACGCAAUAUGCUAACUAUGAUCUUUUGUAUAAUCACUGUGUAUCACAUGUUUAAGUUGGUGGUUUUGCAAUAGAAAUGUUUUUUUGCCGCUUUCAGAAGAUUUGCACUGUUGUAAGGCAUGUAAAUGGCAUAUUUUACACGGCCGGUGUAAUAUAUGUGGUUGUAAUCGAAAUGUAUUUUUAAGUUCUGUUUUCUAGUACGUUCCAUUUUUGCGUUUCAGGGAUUCUCGUAUGGUCGAAAGUGUGUGUGUUUGGAGGCAGGGAGGACCAUUAAUGAGUUGAGAAUGGCUUCUAAGAGAAAGUGAGGUAAAGUGGUUAAAGAGUAGUUUACAGUCUUGAACAGAUUUAGACCUCAGUUAUCUUAUCAGUGGAGAAAAAGGAAAAACUCAGUGCCCGAGGUUCACUCUCUCCACAGUUUAUGUCUGAGUUUUCUCAUACUUGCAGAUGAACAAGUGCAAUUUUUCUGUACAUAGCUGACAUGAGAAGACAUUUGAUAAAGUCGGCCUUGACCAUUUGAGCCUUGGUAUGGUCGAGCAGGCAGGCUCCACAAAUACUCCCUUUUGUAAAUGUAUUUUUCCUACCAGGUGUGGAGCCAGUCAUGGGCAAUAAAUUCAGUUUAGCAGCGUGAGAAUGCACUUUCUCAGUAACUGUACAGAGAGGAGGAUCCUUUGGGCAGAGUAUAGGUGUAGCCUCAGCUAACUGCACAUUCAUACAGUAUGUGAGCUAAUAGCAAGAUUAGAGAUUAAGCUUUUACUAUGAAAAACAGCAGAAUGAAGUUGUCUGUUUGGUACGUCUUGGGUCUGCCUUGUUUCCCUGCGUCCUAACUGUACUGUGGAAACACCGAUCCGAGGUAAGAAUCUAAUUCCAACUUUUCUCACUGUAACUGUACUACUGAGUCUAGUGAGGCAACAAAAGUCACAUUUUUUUCUCACAUCUUAUUUAUUAUUUACUCCUUGUAAUUCUAAUAUUCUUUGGAGUUAUUACUGUAAUAGUGCAGAUGACAUUGUCAUGUAUAUGAAUUGUAUAUUUAUGUUCUAUUUUGGAUCAGGUCUAGGAUUUGAAAUAUAGUUUAUUGUUUAAAAAAGGCCUCCAUGUUAUUACCAUGCAACUGAUCUCAUGCUUAACUUUAAUUGGAGUUUAUUUUGAAAGAAUUAUAUUAGAUGGAUUAUUAUUUUGGAGAAGAUUGAUUAAGAUUUGCUCAUAGUCUAAUAGUGUUAUAGGUUUCUUUCCAUAAAAGGUUCCAAACAUACUGGGACAUUAUAUAUUAGAAAUGUUACUUUAUUACUUACAUUUACUGUAACCAAAGGAAGAAUUAAUUUUAAAAUGGUCUUUUAAUAAAAGCUCAUAAUUUACCACGGAGAAUGUAUUUUCAAUACAACAUUUGCAUUUUGGCCAGAAUACUUAUCUUUAGAAGCACAACUUAAAAGAAUAAGACAAACCCAUAAUAUAUGAAUCUAGCUACAUUUGGUUCUAACUGCACAGUCCAAAAGCCAUAUUGAUUAAAAACAAGUGGUAAUAUUUUUAUGAAAUGUAUUUUUUUUUCUUUUGUAUUAUAAUCUGUAAAUGUGUGAAGUUGUUACUAAAAGCCGAAGUUGGUGUUAAGAUUUUUUUUUUUCUAUAAAACCUUUUGCAAACAUGGUCCAUAUUUUAAGUACAGUUGCAGUCGCAGUAUUUUGGUCUAGUAUCUAAUUCGCCCACCCAUUCAGUGUCUGUAACUUUUUUUUUCACAAACUUGCAGUUGACCAGUGUUAUAAGUUGAUUUGUUGACUGUUCAAUUCCUAAUAAGCACACGAAGUACACGUUGGCAAAAUGUGCACACAUUUAAUUAUUUAGAGGCUGGUUUUAAGAAUAACUUGGUACACUUUUGCUAAUAUUUGAACUUGAUCCAUCUCUGUGGUCAGUAGCUUCAGUACUCAUCCAUUUAGUUGCAUACUACUUUUCUCCAUUGUGGUUAGCAGUAUUUCCUCUGCUCAUCAAAAGUUGCAAUAAAUUUUAUUUUUGCAUAAUUAAAA